AUGACCGUUUUCGACCGGUUUACCGAUAAUGACUCUCCAAUAGUGUGUGAAAGGAGAAUGUUUGACUGCAAGCCCCAUCACAUCAACAUACUUCCCCAUUUCAAUGGGAGGUCUAAUGAUGAACCGUACACGCAUUUGGCGGAGUUUUCCUCCAUUUGUAACACUAUCGGGGGGCACAAUUUUGCAUUGGAGGAAGUUAAGCUUCGAUUAUUUCAGUUUUCGCUAAAAGACAAGGCGAAACAAUGGUUUCUUACACUUCCGGCGAAUAGUAUUCGAACAUGGGGUGAGAUGCAACAAGUAUUCCUUGACGAAUAUUACUCGAUGGCAAAGACCGAUGAUGCUAGAGAUGAAAUAAGGUCUUUCCGUCAACUAUCGAGUGAACCGUUGCAUGAAGCAUUCACAAGGUAUAAGGAAUUAAUUCGAAAAUGCCCACAUCAUCAAAUCGAAAAGUGGGAGUUGGUUAAAUGCUUUGUGAGAGGAUUGGAUGACGAGACAUGGAAUCGCCUUGAGUCAACGAGCAAUGGAACUUUAUUAAGCAAUCAUGAGGAUGACGAUUGGGAGUUCCUUGAAAGGAUGAGUAAAAGGUCAAAAGCGAAAGAGUCGGCCGAUCGAGCAAAAAAGCACCCCACCUCAAGGUCUUGGCCCGUUCGUGAUGCGAAUUCUAAGGAUCGAAUUGAAGCGUUAGAGCGAGAGUUGGCUCGCAUGAAGAAAAUGGAAGUGAAUGCGGUGCAAUACGCCGUAUGUGAAGAAUGCGGAGACAUCGGUCACCGGACUGAGAAUUGUCAAGCCACCGUAGAGGUAAAUCAAGUGUAUGGGGACCGAAGGCAAUAUGAUAUGAACUCCAACACUUACCACCCCGGGUUGAGGAACCAUCCUAACUUUAGGUAUGGUAAUGCCUCCAACCAAAUGAACCCGAAUUUUCAAUCGGGGAAUCAAGGUGGGUAUUCGCACCAAACUCGCCAAAGAUGUUACAAUCAAGAUGGUCAUGAGUCGACGAAUAAUCAAGGAGGUGGUGAUGAUUUGAGUGCCAAAAUGGACGCUUUGUUAAAUAUGACCAAAGAAUCUAACAAUGACAUUAAGGAAAUAAAGAAGACAAACGAGAUUCGGGACAAAGCACAUGAGGCAUUGGCAAAGCAAGUGGGCCAACUCGCGGAGGAGAUGGCUCAAAUGAGGGGAAGCAUGGGAAAGCUUCCAAGUGACACUACAGUGAACCCGAAGCAUCAAGGUUCUAGCACAAGCAACGUGAGGAAAGCACGCAUUAGCGCGGUAAGUCUCAUUUCAAAUGAUGAGGUUUGUAGUAGUGUUGAAAGCAUUCCACCACCACAAUUCGUUGAUGGUGUAGUGGAAGAUAUAAGUGAUGAGCUGGGAAGUAAAAAUGAACAUGAAACGAUUUCACAAAGUACAAUUGAAAAUGUAACUAAAAAUGCUUUUUGUGAAAAUUGUUUAAAUCAACUUAACCCGCUUAAUGCAUCGAAAAGUGAAGAACGGUGCCCACCGAAGGACGAGGGGUGGGAAAAUUUUAAACAAGCAAAAAUUAAUUUACCGUUACUAGAUGACAUUAAAAAGGUUCCGGCUCAUGUGGAAUGCUUAAAGGAGUUAAGCAUCGAAAAACGGCACAACAAAUUACCCGAACUGGUUGAUUUGAUAUCUCAUGUGAGUGCCGUUUUAUCGAGUGCCCUUCCCCAAAAAGCCCAAGAUCCGGGAGACCCUCUUAUUCCAAUUCAAAUUGGAACAUUUAAAAUCGAGAGGGAGCUCCUCGAUCUUGGAGCUUGUGUGAGAAUUUAA